AUGUCUAAACGAGAUCAAUGUGAGGACGAAAUUAUAGUACGUGAAAUUAAUCGUUAUGAGAAUGAAACUCUACAGAAUAAAUUUUUAUUUCUCAAUCAUACUAACGAUUAUAGCGGUUGUUUGAUAAAUGUUUCUGCUCAUGAAAUGCCUCCAUUUUUAAGUUUUAAUGGUGAUGUCAACAAUGAAACACAUUUAAUAGAAUUGGAACGUUUAGGUGGUAUCGAGGGUGAAAUUUUCAAAAUAGUUGCUGAUGCUUUAAAUGUUGAAAUUCGUUUAAAUUUUCCCAAAGAAAUAAGUGCAAUUCGUCGUAUUCAUUAUUCAUUGGGUUGUUUUGGAGAUCUUGAUAAGAAACGAUCUCAAAUAGCUAUUGGGGGUUUCAAUUCAACCCUAUGGAACAGUGAAAAAUACAGCACUUCUUCAGUUUAUUACACUUCUUCUUAUGUAUUUGUAGUCCGAAGUGGUUUAUGCUUCGGCACAAUCAAACAGUUACUCAAUAUUUUAUGUCUGUAUGCAUGGAUAUUUAUGUUGAUUUUCAUCUCCAUAUCAAUUAUUUUGACAAAAAUAGUGCAAACAAAACCAAAAGUGCGAGAUUUUGUUUUCGGUCCCGAAAAUAAAAUGCAUUCAAUGUUUGCAACUUUCUUCGGCAACUUUAGACCAAUACAGAUAAUACCAAAACGAAACUUUGUGCGUUUUCUUUUGGCCUCUUGGUUAUUGAUCUCUUUCCAAGUUCGCAAUGGUUAUCAGGGUAUAAUGUUUGACAGUCUGCGUUUUUUGAAAUGCAUUCCAGUACCGCAAACAAUUUCACAUCUUAUAGAGCAGGAUUACAUCUUGUUGGCAUCUUCAUAUAAUGAAUUUUAUCCCAUAAAUAAAACGCAAAUUACGCCUAACACCACUAAUUGUCUGGAUAUAGUACAAAAAAGUACUUCGCCAGUAACUGCAGUGGCUCUUUUGGAUUCUUUGGCUUAUGACAAUUAUAUGAAUUCAAACACCAGUACUUUAACCUAUGUAAAGGAGAUCGUAUCGUGUUAUGUAUUUUCAAAAACAUUCGCUGUUGCGUGA